UCCAUGACGCCGGCUGGGCCUCUGGGGGACCUCGGGGGCCGUGAGCACGCGGAGAGAGCCUCCCAGGCCCCUCGUGGGGCGCUGGGCCGGCUCUGAGGAUGCCCACCAACGGCCUGCACCAGGUGCUGAAGAUCCAGUUUGGCCUCGUCAAUGAUGCUGACCGCUACCUGACGGCCGAGAGCUUCGGCUUCAAGGUCAACGCCUCGGCACCCAGCCUCAAGAGGAAGCAGACGUGGGUGCUGGAGCCUGACCCGGGGCAGGGCGCCGCUGUGCUGCUCCGCAGCAACCACCUGGGCCGCUACCUGUCCGCCCAGGAGGACGGGCGCGUGGCCUGCGAGGCGGAGCGGCCGGGCCGUGACUGCCGCUUCCUGGUGCUGCCACAGCCCGACGGGCGCUGGGCGCUGCAGUCGGAGCCGCACGGCCGCUUCUUCGGCGGCACCGAGGACCGGCUGUCCUGCUUCGCCACGGCCAUCUCCCCGGCCGAGCUGUGGACCGUCCACCUGGCCAUCCACCCGCAGGCGCACCUGCUGAGCGUGAGCCGCCGGCGCUACGUGCACCUGUGCCCGCAGGAGGACGAGAUGGCGGCCGACAGCGACACGCCCUGGGGCGUGGGCGCGCUCGUCACCCUCAUCUUCCAGAACCGGCAGUACUGCCUCCAGUCCUGUGACGGCCGCUACCUGCGCAGCGACGGCCGCCUCGUGGGGGGGCCCGAGCCCCACGCCCGCUACACGCUCGGGGUCAAGGCGGGCAAGCUGGCCUUCAAGGACCGUGACGGCCGCUACCUGGCACCCGGGGGGCCUGCCGGCACGCUCAGGGCAGGCCGCAGCACGCGGCCGGGCAAGGAUGAGCUCUUCGACCUGGAGGAGAGUCACCCGCAGGUGGUGCUGGUGGCCGCCAACCACCGCUACGUGUCCGUGCGGCAAGGGGUCAACGUCUCAGCCAACCAAGACGAAGAACUGCAUCAUGAGACCUUCUUGAUGCAAAUUGACCAGGAGACAAAGAAGUGCACCUUCUAUUCCAGCACCGGGGGCUACUGGACCCUCGUCACCCAUGGGGGCAUCCAUGCCACAGCCACACAGGUUUCUGCCAACACCAUGUUUGAGGUGGAGUGGCGUGGCCGGCGGGUGGCCCUCAAGGCCAGUAAUGGGCGCUAUGUGUGCAUGAAGAAGAAUGGACAGCUGGCGGCCACCAGCGACUUUGUGGGUGAGGACGAGCAGUUCAUCCUCAAGCUCAUCAAUCGGCCCAUCCUCGUGCUGCGGGGCCUGGACGGCUUCAUCUGCCACCGGCGUGGCUCCAACCAGCUGGACACCAACCGCUCCGUCUACGAGAUCUUCCAUCUGAGCUUCAGCGACGGCGCCUACCAAAUCCGAGGUACGGACCGGAGUGCGUGGGGCGCAGGGCAGCGGAGCUUAGGGCGCGGGUGGGGGUGGGGGCUGGGGGGAGGCCCCCCGCCGACCCCGGCCCGCCCCCAGGCCGCGGCGGCGGGUUCUGGUACACCGGCAGCCACGGCAGCGUGUGCAGCGACGGCGAGCGCGCCGAGGACUUCCUCUUCGAGUUCCGCGAGCGCGGCCGCCUGGCCAUCCGCGCGGGGAGCGGCAAGUACCUGCGCGGAGGCGCCUCCGGGCUGCUGCGCGCGGACGCGGACACGCCGGCCGGGCUCGCGCUCUGGGAGUACUGAGCGGGCGGCGCGCCCGUCCUCCCAUUAAACCGUGUCUGUGACGCAGCGGCUGGCGGGCUC